AUGGUGGGAGGCUUCAUUAGCGCGAGCGGGCGAACGGUGACGGUCGGCGCAGCCAGCCUGGCCAAGGGCCGCCAGCUCAUGGCUGAGUGCGCCGACGCGUCGCAAGAGAAGGAGGAGGAGGCACAACAACCACAACAAGGUGGGACCAGGGCCGACGUCGGCCGUUCACCGCCGCCUGCUGGCGUCUCUCGAGGCGAAGACACGGCCGAAGACAACCGCGCGCCACCGCCGGCCUCGGGCUUUGGCGGGUUCACGACCGCCGGCGGGCGCAAGUUGGAAGUAUCAAAAGAGGCCCUGCACCGUGCGUCGCGCCUGCUCAACGACAACGACGACGAAUCCACCGCCGCCGCUGCAGUCGGAUCACCGCCCGACACCGCACGCGACGAGGCCAUGGAUCUGGAAGCGGAGCACCAGCAGCAGCAGCAGCAGGAGCCGUUCAUGGGGUUCAGGUCAGGACGUGGGAAGGCUGUGGUGGUAUCCGAGGCCAGCCUCGCGAAGGCCCGGCACCUCGUCAUGGAUCGCGACGGCGACGACGCGGCCGACGUCGGCCCUCCAUCGCCGGAGGACUCAGCGCCCCCGGCGUUCGUGGGCUUCACCACGGGCAGCGGGCGGAGGCUCGAGCCGCCCAAGGCCAGCGUCGAGCAGGCCAUGAAGCGAUUCCUCAGCGACGAUGGCGACGGCGAUGACGAAGAGAGUGGUAGAGGCCUCGCGGGGCAACACGCCACGACGUCAGAAGAGGCACCUCAGGCGUUCGUGGGCUUCACCACGGGCAGCGGCCGGCGGCUGAGACCGUCGGCGGAGAAUGUGAAGCGCGCCAUGGACCGACUUCUGGCUGACGACGACGACGAUAGCCACGCCAAUGGAAACCACCCCAACAUGGCUCUGCCGGCGUUCGUGGGCUUUACCACGGGCAGCGGGAAGAGGCUCGAGCCGCCCAAGGCCAACGUCGAGCAGGCCAUGAAGCGAUUCCUCAACGACGAUGGCGAUGACGAUGGCUCAUCGGAUGUCUACGCAGGCGCGCCGGCUUCGGGUAUCGUGGGCUUCACCACGGGCAGCGGGCGGAGGCUCGAGCCGCCCAAGGCCAGCGUCGAGCAGGCCACGAAGCGAGUCCUCAACGACGAAGACGACGGCGAGGUUAAUGGCAACGCGCAGCAGAGCCCCGGCAGGCGAGGAGAGAAAGCCAGAGCUCUAAACGGGGCGCCUCCGCCAGAGAGCUUCGGAGGUGCGGGCGGGGCAGCGUUCGGAGGUUUCAAGACCGUGAGCGGGAAGGCCAUCAACGUGUCGGCGGCUGCCCUCGCGCGCUCCCGGCAACUUCUCGCCGACGCCGACGAAGAGGGCGACAGUGCGCAGAGUGCCGGCAAGCGGCCUCGCCUUGAUCAAGAUGGCGAUGGUGGCUUCGACGCGAUCAACGGGCCGCCGCCUCCGUCAGAGAGCUUCGGAGUAACGCGCAGAGCGCCGGCAAGCGGCCUCCACGCGAGAAAGACGGUGACGACGACUACGACGCGACUCAACGGGCCGCCUCCGCCUGAGAGCUUCGGAGGUGCGGGCGGGGCAGCGUUCGGAGGGUUCAAGACCGUGAGCGGGAAGGCCGUCAACGUAUCGGCGGCCGCCCUCGCACGCUCCCGACAGCUUCUCGCCGACGCCGACGCCGACGCCGACGCCGAUCGAGACCCGAGCGCAAUCUCUCGCACUUCACCGCCUCGCGCCAACGCCAGCAGUCGCCCCGACGAGGAAGACGAAGACGACGACGCGGACAUGCUCCUCGAGCUUUCCUCGUGUGCCGACGACGAGCCCGCCCGCCCGCAUUCAGUACCGGCGGCGCGAGCGGCUGCGGCUCCAUCGCGUGCGCCGCGGCCGUCACCCUCCCCGCUGCCGCCCGCCGCCGCCGCUGCCGCCACUCCAUUGGGUCCGCCCGUGGCCCGGUCGACGCCAUCAUCACACCGCGUGCCGUCGCCGAAGCCCACCGGGAGGGGCGAGUUCGCCUACCCGCCGACUCCCGUUCGGGCCACCCCGCCUCGUCCGACCUCCACCACCGCCUUCACCACUUCCACAGCUUCCGCGACGACUACCACGACCGCCACGUCGCGCGCCGCCACCGAUCCGCCUCGCGUGGUGGUCACCACGCCGCGCGCCCCUGCAUCCGCCUCCUCGACCGGCAACGCCGCCACGACCGGGCAGCUGGCACGGCGAGGCCCGCUCGGCGGAAAUGCGACCGGGGAUCGUCGCGGUGGUGCUGGCAGUGCCGGCGGGGCGGGGGCGCCGCCGGCCAAGCAGUACGCGUACGGGUGCAGCCCCUACAAGCCCCCUCGCGCCCACACUCCGGCUCGCCCGUCUCGUCGCCAGGCGACCCUCGCCGCGACCGCGGCUCCGGUCCCCGAGGCCGCCCCUCUGCCCCCGUGGCGCUACUCCCUCCCCGAGGUGAGUGAGAAGCUGACCCUGAAGCAGCUCGCGGCCAACGAGCCCCAAGAUCUCCCCAUGCCUCCUCUGUCGGAGGAGGUGCUGCGAAUGGACAGCGACCGGGCGCGCCACUACCAGUUCACGUGCGAGCAGGUGUUCGAGGACAUGCGCGCGCACCCGGCCGCCUUCGGGGUGGGAGCGACCGAAAUGCACGCGGUGCUGCUGGCCUGCGGUGCCAAUCCCAAGAUCAUCAGCCCGGAGUGGACGAGCAACCACUACCGAUGGAUCGUGUGGAAGCUGGCCGGCAUGGAACGCCGCUUCCCGCACCAGCUGGCCAACCGGCACCUCCUCCCGCACACCGUCCUCCACCAGCUCCUCUACCGGUAUGAGCGGGAGGUCAACAAGGCGAAGCGGUCGGCGCUCAAGAUCAUCCUGGAGCGGGACGAAUCGGCCGGCCGCUCCAUGAUCCUCUGCGUCGCCGCCAUCCGGUCCUACGGCGGCGAUGCGCCGCCACCGCCUCCCGCCACUUCCACCACAGAGGGCGGCGCAGCGGCAGCAGGGGCGGGAGGUGGAGAGGGGGCGGGUGGGGGCGUGAUCGAGGUGACGGACGGGUGGUACUCGAUCAACGCCAUCCUCGAUGAGGCCCUCACGCAGCACAUGGCCCUCGGCAAGAUCUACCCGGGCCUCAAGCUGCGCGUCAUCGGCGCACGCCUCAAUGGAAACGAUAACGCCAUGUCCCCGCUCGAGGCCACGGAGUCGACGACGCUGCUGCUCCAGGUCAACGCCGUGCGACGCGCCCUGUGGCACGCCAAGCUCGGCAUCCAGAGAAAGUACACCAGACACUUCCACUCCCCGGCCAGCACCAAUUCCAUCGGACCCGUGUUUCCGGUCAGCCUUCGAUCUGUGCGGCCCGAAGGUGGGCUCGUGCCGUGCGUGGACGUGGUGGUGGAGCGACGCUACCCUCUCCUCUUCCUGGAGAAGAAGCUCGACGGCUCUUUUAUCACCCGCACCUCCGCCCAGGAGGAGCACGCCCGACGCCUGUUUGAGGCCAAGCGGAACCGGCUGGUGGAGGCCAAGAAGGCGGAGCUCGAGAAGGAGGCCAGCGCGCAGGCCUCCGCCGUCACCAAGACCAAGCCUCGCACCCGCUCCCCGGUAUCCAAGGCUUCGCUGGCCGAGUGCUACGACGGGGAGACGCUGCUCGGGUGGAUGGAGGGGGCGAGCGACCCGUACGACUUCCAGCAGCUGCUCAACCCGCGGCAGCAGGCCAUCGUCCAGCACCACAUGGAGCGCUCGCGCCUGGACAAGGACGAGGAGUUCGGCCGGCAGCUGGAGGACUUCAUCGCCGAGCACCCCGACGCCACCCGCACCGUGACCCCCUUCGUGCGCGUCCGGCUGCGCGACUGCCCCGUGGUGGUGGCCGGCGACCAGCGGCCGCCUCGCAGCAGCAGCAGCCCGGGCGGCAUGGGCGGCAAGAGCGACGAGUGCGUGCUCACGAUCUGGCGGCCCAACGAGGAGGAGGUGGCCGAGAUCUUCGAGGAGGGCGCACGCCUCCGCAUCUACUUCCUCAACCCCCGACCGCCCAAGCCCGCCGGCCCCUCCGAUGCGGGGACAGACGGCACGGUCAUGACGGGAGGGUGGGCGGCCAAGCCCCGCACGCUGGAGCUCAGCACCACCCUCAAGACGCGCUACGCCCGGCGCGAGGGUCCGUCGGGCGUGUACCGGGCGCGGCAGGUGCAGGGCCUGGAGCACCUCCACGCGCAGCAACAGCAGCAUCAGCAGCAGCAGCGGGGCUUCCGCGAAGCCUCUCGGGAGAUCGACGUGGUGGGCGUCGUCGUGGGCGUGCACGGACCCCACGAGUGCAGCUACAAGAGCGGCCGCCCCUACCUUCUCACCCAGGUGUUUUUGACGGACUCCUCGGGAGAGCUGCUCUCGGUGGAGCUGCGGGAGCACCCGGACGUGGCCGUCUCCCGCUUCCCCUUCAAGGAGGCCCCCGCCACGCCGACGGUGGUGUGUCUGUCGUCGCUGGCCUACCGGUCGUACGACGCCAACUUCGGGGUGCACCACGCUGCCGCGGAGGAGGCCACCGACGUGCUGCUCGCCCCGAAGGGGCGCUCCUCGCCCUUCGCCCCCGCCUACCGCCAGCUCGUCGCCUGGGCCGAACGGUCGCGGGAGGAGGUGGAUGCGGCCCGCCAGCGCGUGGAGGCGCUCCUCACCGGGCAGCUCGUCCCGCGCAGCUCGUCAACGCGCCCGCGCCUCCCCGUCCGGGCUUCCCUCGUGGGCGCCCUCCUCCCGUUCUCCGCCGUCGCCUGCCUCCCCCGCGCUGGUCAGCAGAGCGGCGGGUGGGACAUCUGCCUCUGGCCCGCCUCCGCCACGCCCCUGCCGGCGCGCUUCCCGCCUCGGUCCACAUCAUCAUCAGCAACAGACAACAUGGAUGAGGACCACCACCACCACCACCACCACCAGCAGCAGCAGCAGGCCGACGUGGCGCUGUACGUGCUCCUCGAUGACGGCCUGUCGCGGCACCGCGUAGCGCUCACCCUGCCGAGCCUCGUCGCCGCGCUCGACCUCCUGCGCCCGGCCCACCACCACCCGCCAUCUGCCGCGGCCAGCAUGCCCCUCGUGCCCGUGGAGCGGUGGCUCUGGCGCUGCCUCUCUUCGCCCGCUCCCGCCAGCCCCGAUCCCUCGCCGCCGCAGCAGCAGCUGCGGGAACUGCUCCUCGCCGACCUCUUCGGCGGUGUGCGCUUCCCCGAUGACGCCGGAGCGGAGGCCCUCUCUCUUCCGUCGCCGACGGCGCUGGUGGGCGAGGCCCUCGCGCUCGCUCUUCUCCAUUCCACGCGGCCCGGGGCGGCGGAGGGCACGGCGCCCGCCCUCCCCGUUCCGCUGCCCUCCGCCUCUACGCAAACCCCGCCGGCGCCCUCGCGGCCGCUUCUCCUGGCGUGCGAGGAGUGGGACGGGUUCGUGGCUGCCCUGUCGGCCUCCCUCUCCACGGCCUACGACGACCUCGAGGUCAACGGCGAGGACGAAACGCAAACGGGCUGGUGGCAUGUCCAGUCCGUACGCCGGCGUACCGCACCACCUUCCGUGUGA